CUUCAUCUUUCCAUCUAUAUGUAUAAACUCCAUUAAAUAAAUCACAAACACAUUACUUGAAAGCAAUAAACUUUGUCAACCAUUUAAUCUUCUUUCUGGAAAUUGUUUAUUGCCAAUCAUUAUCAAUACUUCUUACACAAGGCACAAUGAGUGGAAGAGUGGGGCUCAUCUUUGUUGUCUUGCUGGCUGUUGGCUUGGCAUGUGACGCUCGGGAUUUGACUGCCACCUCAAGCAACAAGUUGUCUAUGGUCUCAGUUUUGCGGUCAAGUGCUGAGAAGAGAUUUAAAGUAUUGGGAAACACCGGUAAGAAUGACAAUUUGUGCAGUUUGUGUGAAGAAUAUGCUAGUGAAGCUCUCAUGUACCUUAAACAAAACAAGACCCAACAUGAAAUUAUCUCCAUUCUUCACGAAUCCUGCUCCAAAUUAAAGUCAUUGACGAAACAGUGCAUCACUUUAGUAGAUUACUAUGCUCCUCUAUUCUUCCUUGAGCUCUCAACCAUCCAACCUGCAGAAUUCUGUGGAAAAGUUAAUCUCUGCAGUGGAGUUGUUGCAUACGCUCAGAAGUUCUCACAAAACAGCUGUGACACUUGCAAUAUGGCUGUUUCAGAAGUGAUUAAGUUGUUAAAAGAUCCUGAUAAUCAGUUGACAAUCUUGCAGCUGCUCUUGAAAGAAUGCAAAAAUGUGGAACAGUACUUGCCCAAGUGUAAAGUGCUAGUCUUCGAAUACGCUCCCUUGAUCCUCACAAAUGCAGAGCAGUUUUUAGAGAAAGAAGACUUAUGCACCAAGCUUCAUGUCUGUGAUCCCCAUGCAUCAUCCGUUGAAGAGGCUUCUUUGGUUUCUGACAACUAAAUUUGAUGAACACGGCGAUUGAUCCUUAUGUGAUUUGUGGAAUGGAUUUCAUUUUCUUUUUAUGUCAUAUAAACUUGUACAUUUAUGCUGCCAACUUUACUUUUGAACCAGAUAAUUACUUUAUUACCAAUCCUUGUAAUUAAGAAUUUAUAGUUGUGUUUGCCAA